GUGAAGUGGGGCUAAAGUCACUCGUGUGCUUUCAACGAGGGGGGCUUUAAAACUCAGGCAAUUAAGACUUUUAACUGAUGCCGAAAACAGGUGUAUAUUAGGACGUCGUUUUUGUUUUAACACGGCUGGGAUCAGGAAUUGAGAAGCGAACAACUCGAUUGUGUUGCAAGAGAGAGUGAGUCGAGUCUGGUGUGGGAUUAGCUGAGGAAUGGCGUCAGAUUGGAGACGAUCUCGAAGAUUCUCCGAUGACUGGGUCCCUCCCCCUUCUCUAGUUCCGUUUCUUAAAGACGACGACGACGAUGAUGAUUACGAUUUCGUGCACACCGAAAGACUCAUUGAGACCACGACUACGAUGACCCCUGAACUCGGCUUUGAGUUCAUCACGGUGCCAGGCAGAGGAGCUCGACCUUUGGCCUCUUAUGGCUCACUUAUUGCCGCCACUGUAGUUGCACUACUUGUGCUUUUAACGCUAGCAAUCUCAAUUAGAUGGAGACGGAAACGACAUUCAGUCACCGAUGACGAGGUGCCAAUGUCGGUCAUCACGGGAGAAGAUGGAAGGAUUUCUUGGACAGAGUCGUACCGGAACGUGCAUUUUACACCAAAUUACUCGCCAUACAAUGUGGAGACAGAUGGUCUUACUGCCAGCUCGGUCUACACGCAGCUGGAUCAACCAGCCGAUCGCAGGUUCCCCAACGUGCGCACCAGUCGGGUCUCGUCUCAACUGGCCAUGCGCACUACGUCAGUUCAUUGCGACUAUGACGAGCCCCAACCGGUGGUUGUAAACCAAGUCAGGUCACGGCCUCACACGAACCGGAUUUCGGACUACGAUGAACCCGACUUUAGUCUGGUUAACGGUGCCGCCUCGGGGGUCUUGGUGAGCGGCACGUCUAUUGGGGCGUUAGGAGUGACGCAACCAGAUGAAGCUUACUACUCCUCUCUACAGGAAAUGGGCGGCCGCGUGUCCAAUGAGGCGGCGGCGACCAGACAGAAUGACGUAUAUUACAGCUCUAUCAAAUCAAAUGAGAAAGUAGAGCAACCGACGACUGUUAUAGGUGAAGAAGUGAAAGGCAGUGAUGAGAGAACGACACGCGCUGGGGAGCAACGACCUUUUUACUUCACUUUAGAGCGGUCAGCAAACAAUCGUCCGAUAAGAUCGUCAGAAGAUGGAGACGAAGAGGCAGUUGAUGACCACGUUGGUUCAGAUGACGACGAAGACACUACGAUCAAGUACGACUAUUUGCAGCUGACAACCAAGGGGGCAAACGCGUCGGAUGCUCCGGUGUAUUCGACGUGCCGCAACGCUCGGACAUCAACCACGGACUAUCUAAAACUAGCCGAUUCUCACAGCGGUUUACCAGAUGUGACGACGACGACAGCGCCCACAACCGGCGAUUCCGGGCCAGUUGAAGGAUGCGCGGGAAAGGAUGGCGGCAGUCAAGGCGAGAUCGCUGAUGCUGAAAACGUAUACAAUACGUUACAACGCCGUAAACGAUCAUCUACAGCCACAAACACUGAAGAGAUAUAUAAUGUGCUUUUUCUGGAAUAAGAUUUCAGUAUUCUGUUGGUAGAGUUUCAAACGUCAUGGCACAAUACUUGUAUAGCGAUCUGGGUUUUAAAAACCUGUUUGAAAAGCUGCAAAUAUUCGAGAUUGUGUGUGGUUCGUUUGAAAGGGUACGUGCCAAACUAGUGCAUGAUUUGAAAAGUAACAUUAUACACAUAAUAGGUUAUUUCAAAGGUUGAAAUGAUGUGAGUUCUUUAUUUAAGAAGGAUGAACAGUGACGUGUUUGUUUAUAAAACCAAGCAAUUUUUUUCAUUCCAGCCAUCUUAAGUUUGAUUUUACAGUAAAAUCACGUGAUCAAAUCUUGCGGCACCUAUUAGAUUGUAGCCAGACGUGUGACAAGAACAAGUGACUCAAAAAUGCAUCCUGUGGACAAUUAUUGAGUUAUUUCCUUUGACACUGCACUUUAAAGUUUCUCCACAGACUUGGUGUACAGAAUUCACUCUGGAGCAUUCGGGUCUUUUUGAAUUAACUUGUGGAGAUCUUUUAUUUUCCGGUAUUGGUUUUGUUCUUGGUCUCCAUAAUGUAUCUAGUACAUAGAGUUAUAUAUAAGAACUAUAGGGCGCACGAGUGAUGCUUCGUGCACAAACGCCACGGGACCGC